UUCACUCUUUCACCUCUGCAUUCCCCACAAAGUGAAAGAGGAUUGGAUAAAAAGAAGGCAGCAACAGAAAAUAAGAACCACAAGAAAUGGCACCCUGUUGUUGCUCACUCACCCCAUCAUCAACCUCCAUAUCCAAGUUCAUCUCAGGCCAACCUUACCUCACCAUGCUAGACAAGCACUGCACCACCAUGAAAGACCUUCAAAAGAUUCAUGCCAACCUCAUCAAAACUGGUCUAGCCAAUGGCACUGUUGCCGCCAGCCGAAUCUUGGCCUUCUGCGCCUCCCCGGCCGGUGACAUGAAUUAUGCUUACUUGGUCUUUACUCGUAUCCAAAAUCCAAACCUUUUUGUAUGGAAUACCAUCAUUAGAGGCUUCUCUCAAAGCUCAACUCCACAAAAUGCAUUAUCUCUUUUCCUUGACAUGUUAAUAUCCUCACCUAUUGAACCUCAAAGAUUGACUUAUCCUUCGGUUUUCAAAGCUUAUGCCCAACUAGGACUAGCUCAUUAUGGAGCUCAGCUUCAUGGGAGGAUCAUAAAAACAGGUCUUGAGAGCGACCCAUUUAUACGAAACACCGUCUUACAUAUGUACGCCAACAGCGGGUUUUUGACUGACGCAUAUCGAAUGUUUGACAAAGAGACCGAAUUCGAUAUCGUUGCGUGGAAUUCAAUGGUUAUUGGCCUUGCUAAAUGUGGAGAAAUCGACGAGUCUAGGAGGUUAUUCGAUAGAAUGCAAUUCAGAAAUACGGUCUCAUGGAAUUCUAUGAUUAGUGGAUAUGUUAGGAAUGGGAAGUUGAUGGAGGCAUUGGAGCUUUUUUGCAAAAUGCAGGAGGCAAGUAUUGGGCCUAGCGAGUUUACAAUGGUGAGCUUGUUAAAUGCCUGUGCUCGCUUAGGAGCUCUUAAACAAGGGGAGUGGAUUCAUGAUUAUAUUAGGAAGAAUGAUUUUGAUUUGAAUAUCAUUGUCACUACAGCAAUAAUUGACAUGUACUGCAAGUGUGGCAGCAUUGAAAAGGCUCGUCAAGCGUUUGAGGCCGCCACAACGAAAGGAUUAUCGUGUUGGAACUCGAUGAUCUUGGGCCUCGCUAUGAAUGGUGAUGCAGAAGAAGCACUUCAUUUAUUCUCUAAGCUUCAGUCUAUGAAUUUGAAACCAGAUAAUGUUAGUUUUGUGGGUGUUCUCACAGCUUGUAACCACUCGGGCAUGGUGGAUAAAGCAAGUUAUUAUUUUUCAUUAAUGACAGAUACAUAUAAGAUUAAGCCAUCAAUAAAGCACUAUAGUUGCAUGGUUGAUGUACUAGGCCGAGGCAGACUCCUUGAAGAGGCAGAAGAGCUAAUAAGAAGUAUGCCUGUAGACCCAGAUGCCAUUAUUUGGGGAUCUCUGCUCUCAGCUUGUACAAAGCAUAGAAACAUUGAGAUGGCCAAGCGGGCAGCAAAGCAUGUGAUUGAGUUGGAUCCAAGCGAUAGCUGUGGUUAUGUGCUUUUGUCCAAUCUUUAUGCUGCCUCCAGUCAUUUUGCAGAAGCAAUGGAGGAGCGGCUUUCCAUGAAGGAGAAGCAUAUAGAGAAAGAACCAGGGUGUAGUUUGAUUGAAGUGGAUGGAGAAGUUCAUGAGUUUGUUGCAGGUGGCAGGCUGCAUCAUAGAGCGCCAGAGAUCUACUCUUUGUUGAAUCAAUUGGGACUGGUAUUACAAGAGACGGAACGGGUCUGAAAUAAUAAACAUGUCCAACCCAGAUUUUGAGGCAAUUUUAUGAAACCUAUGAACGUUUUUUGUU